AUGCGUACAGGAGAAAGGUUACUGUGUGCAGCGGGAAGUAUAUUCAAUGACCUCUGCAAGUGCAUGUUUUUAUUUUCUCUCCUAUUUUUCAUGGAGGUAGUGGAACUUUCAGCUGCGAACACUGGACUUAUAAUACUCCUUGGACAAAUUGUCGACGCGUUGACUUCAGUAAUCUCUGGAUACCUUGGUGAUAUGAUUAAAGUACCCGUUCUUUCACAGAAAAUUGGAAAGCGAAAAUCUUGGCAUCUUAUGGCAACGAUUUUCAUGGGAAUUGUACUUCCUCUCUGCUUCAACCGUUGCUUUCUCUGUACUGGAAGUCAUCAAACUUGGCUUCCCACCGUCUAUUACGGUUUCUUAUUUUCACUGUUUUGCAUGUGUUUCAGCGUGGUGGAGAUAAAUCACCUGGCUUUCAUCACAGCUACAGCCGUUUCGGUUGAGGAACAAACAGAUCUUAGCGCCAUGAGGUUUGCUAUUUAUAAAAGUAUUAAAUUAAAUUAAAUUUAACUGUUCACCCAUUUUGUUGGGCUCUUACCAAAGAUCUACUGGAGGACAGACGCUUAGUUAAGGUCGCCAUUUACCCAAUUUUUCUUUUUUAUCAUCUAAAACAAACUCAUUAUAUGUUGAUGCGAGUUAACAGUUCAAGAAUCACAGAAUAUGUCAAAAUGUGGUAAAAAUAUAAAUUAUUCACUCGGCUACGCCCCGUGUGCCACGAGCAUAUUCUGACGUCAUCUUUGAUCUCUAACAAAACGGAAGACGUCAUAAUGUAACAAGUUGCUUUUCACUACAACACUACAUAAGCGUAAGCCGGUUGAUUUAAGUACCAUUGCCUAUUGCUUUGUAAAAGUUAUAGGAAAGAAAACUAAUUUAAUGAAAAACCUUCCAGCUAUGCGUAUGUCUGCUCAGACCUCCAAUUUUAGUGUUCACACACGUGAAAUUAAGCUUCGAACGUAUUCAUCAGUUUUUAUCAUGCAUUCAGCCAUUGAUUGACCUUACUGGCCAUAAUGGACGGCAACUUGUAUUCCUGUGUGAGGAAUAAAAUUUUCGUGUCAAUUGCCGCAGUUAUAACACUCCAUAAAGUUUCAAGCGGUAAAUUAGGCAGGGAUUUACUUUUGAGGUUGCAUUUAAGGACAGCAUCAAGUUAUUUUGUACAUGAUUCGAGAUAAUUAUAUUAAAUCUGUAUCCGACUAAUUUGCGAAGUUUUCAUAUGGGCUGGUUGCAUAUAUUUUCUAGUUAAAAUGCGGACAAGAAAACAGCUAUUGUGUGCGGUGGGAAAUUUAUACAUAUAUGGUUUUAUGCCUUCCAAUGCAUAACCUUUUCGCGUGCCAUUUCUCCUGUGUAGACAAGCAGGAUGUUGAGGCUCAAGCAGAUCAAUUAUCGUUUGAUGUUCUUCUUCCUCAGCUUCUCUCUGAAAACAAGGCAACGCUAAAGAUGUGUUUAGAGGCAAAUCAAAAUUGCAACAAUUAGUCUCACUAUCAUCAACCUCCAUCUUCAUCAAUUUGAUGACUCUCAAGAAUAAUAAGCUACAGUCGAGUUUUAGCGUCAAUGUAUGGUUUAGCGAGUUCCUUUAAGCAAGGCAAAUUUAGUGUGUGUGUUAUAAGAACAAAAAAAUUUACUGUAGAUAAGAAUUCCACUAGGCAUCAAGAUAAAUCUGUAUCCAACUAAUUUGCGAAGUUUUCAUAUGGACUGGUAGCGUGUACUUUCUGGUUAAAAUGCGGACAAGAGAACAGCUAUUGUGCGCGGUGGAAAAUUUCUUCAACGACCUCUGCCGGCAGCUUAAUUCUUCAUUCAAAAUUACAUUUUUCUUUCAAAGAUCGACGGGCGAAAAUCUUGGCACCUUUUGACAUCAGUUUUAAUGAGCAUUAUCAUUCCUUUUUUCUUUAACCGCUGUUUUCUUUUUAUCAGAAAUCAUGGUGAAUGGCUUUCAAUUGUCUGUUACACCUUCUUGAUCUCUGUGUACAACAUUUGUUUGAGCAUUGUGGGAUAAAUCACUUUUAUUACAACUGAAACUGAAUCCGUCGAGAAUGUGCAGCUCUUAGCGCCAUGAAGUCUGCUUCAAGAGACAUUUUUUUAGACACAAUUUAUACGGCAAUCGUAUUUGUUUUUAAUAUGUUUGUAUAAAUCACUUGUAUAACUCAAGCACGGACAACCCGAGGCCGUUUUUUCCUAACUCAUCUUGUAGAGCAAUUUUCCUCAUUAUUCUCUUUUUCUUGUUCAAAGGACAAUGUUCAGCUUCCUGAGUGGUAUUUACAUAUACGUGAUCGCCUGGGGUAUUUUCGGACACGAUCAUAGCGUUACUCUGGGACCUCAGAGCCUUCCAGAUUUUGUGGUAAGUAGCAGCUUCGUUAAAAGUUCUAUGCCACGAUAUGCUUCGACAAACAGGCAGAAGCUCAUUACAAUGAAAUGAAAAAAAGGGCAAUUACAAAACGGGUUGCAGCAAUUUAGUUUUCUCUCCCUGAGCUGCCUGUCAGCUUGCCAGCCUCCUUCCACACAUCUCUUCUGGCAUUAAAAAUCUUCUUUUUGUCCUUAACCCUUCAACUUUCAAGAUUUGAUUGCCAAUUCUUUCCUGGAGCUGCUUUGCAUUUCCUUGUAAAUUAGUUUUGAGAAUUUAUUGUUUUUUUAAGAUAACAACUUUUACCUGAUAAGUAUGGGUAUUCUCAUCAGCUGUUGGCUGAAGAAUGUAUGUUUAUUACUGGCAGAGGUUACAAGUUAAUCAUUUCUUGGAGUUAAAGGACUAAAAUGCCAGUUGAUUAAUUCUUUUCUAAACAGUAUCUCUCUUGGAUUGCUACUGGAACAGGACUCUUCUUUGAAGCCAUCUUCCACAUUGGUACAAAGGAACAUAAAAAAUGUCAGGGUAAAGAAAGCGCCAUAACGGAUCUUACGGUAAGAAAGAAAGCAAAAAAGAUAUUUGCUUUUCAAAUAAUGGUCGUACAAAGAUUUAUUUUUGCGUUCGGAAAGUAGACAACACCUUGGAGCUAAUAGCAGCGCGUUUGUGCGAUUGUUUCUUCGUUCUUCAUUUGAUUUAUCAACAAGAUGUCUAUUAAUCUGAACGGGUCUUGAAGUUACAUAGCGUGACCAGAGGGAUAGAGGUAUGGUCUACACAUUGCCUGAAGCAACCUUUAAUUCACUCUGGCCACUUUCCUGUUAUUUUGCAGAAAGCUCUUGGAGUAGUCAUUGAAGAGUUUGGACCCGAAGAUGCCAGUAAGUUUAUAGAUAUGUACUGUGGUGUACCGUCGUUGUUUGUGCUAAAAUUGCAUAUUUAACGUCCUCUCCGACAUCAAACUAAACUACAAAAAUUAAGAACUCCGCUCGUCUUCAUCUAAAGGGGGAUAGGUCUUAUUUUUGCAUGGAGCUUCUUAAUAUUUAGUGUAUUGUUGCCUCGAUAUUUUUGAGAACCUAUUAACCAUGACUGUGUGCAGGCAUGCCAUCUUAUCUGGAGAGAGCAUCAAUUUUGCUUGAAAUGUUUAGAAAACGUCCUCUUUAAAGCAAAAUUUCUAGUUCAGAAGCGCAUAUCAACUGGAGAUUAAGAUUAGUGGUCACAGUAAGGAUAUCAAACCCUCAAACUCUCUUCAGUUAUUUCUAGACUGCAUUCCGCUAAGAGGCUUAAUGUCGACUACGUUAGUAGCUCGAGUUUUACUUCGAAGAACCAGCAAAGAAGAUGGCAAGGAUGGGGCAAAGAGUUUCAUCUCUCAACCCAGCGUUCUAAGGAUCGUCUUUUCAGACAACUUUACGGUAACUUUUUUUCAGCGCAGCGCAAAACCUCCAGCUUAGCUGAGGUAACUCAGAUUCUUCACUAACAAGUUCCAACGGGGAAAAGAAGUAGAACAAAAACUAAUCGAGAAAAAGUCCAUAUACCCCAUUUUAUAAAAAUAUUAUUUGAGAUUAUUUUAAGGGAAUAAAUGUUAAUGGUUGAUCCGACAGAGAUUUUGCUGAAGUUGGCACGAUUUAGUUCCACCGUUGAACCCUGACACGGAAAAACCAGACGUUCGUUAAUUGCUUGUUUUGUUUUUUUGCUCAAGAUUCGAGACGGACCAGUCUCGCUUUUAAGUUUACUGACACGGUUAUGGCUUCAACUGAAUAUAAAGAACAUCGAAGUGAGAUGAACAGAUGUGGAGAAACCAAAAGCCAUGAAAUGCGUAUCAGAAAACGAAGUCUUCUGCAGAGGUUUGCUGUUGCUAUGUUUGCCGACGGGAAAAUUGAUAACACUGAUCGAAAUCAUGAUCAGCCGUGGUCUUCGGAAGAGGAGACCACUAAGAAUCCAGAAAGUGAGGAUACGAAAAAACCAGUUGCUUUAGAAGUACAGCAUCUUGAUCGUGAACGCAAGAAGAGUCCACUAAUGCUUGAUUUUGACGGCAUCCUGUUGAGAUUACAACACGAUGAGCACAAACAACCAACAGGUUUUGCUGUCAUGGAAAACCAAGUUACAAUGGACGGUAUAGCCGACGAUCAUGCAACUGAUGAGGAGUCGUGGAACGUUAAACACGAAGAGAUCAAAAACACCACUGAAGCGGAUAUGUGGAAAAUGACCAACAGUGCGGCCCCAACAACAUCUUUUUGUACCGCAUUUAAGCAAAGAAAACAUGGAAUGGUGCUUAUUCCGGAUGAUGGUAAAUUUGGUCUCUCUAACUCUGGAUUUGAAGAUGAUGGAGGUCGUAAUGAUAAGAAGGAAAGCCUCUGCGGCACAUCAGUUAGGAAGCAAAAAAAAUUUGUGACUUUCGAUCCUUCUGGACUUCUUGAAAUGCCGUCAAUGAACGGAACAGAACGACAGGGAAUAAAUCUCGAUCACACGCCUGACAACAAAACGAGUUUGGAUGAAAAUAUUCCAAAACAACACGGCAGAAAAAUAGAAAAAACAGAAGGUUGCGAUACCACAGAUAAUUCGUUAACUUCAGGGGAUAACCCUGAUCUUCUUGGUCUCCCUGUUCAAUCGACAAGUUCUCCAUCUGAGGGUAGACGUCCAAAAGGAAUCAAAAACUGGCUAAAAGAUCCACACGUGUAUAUGGUAAACCUUCACGUUUCCAACUAUCUUUGUUUGUUGAUUUAAUUGACUCUCUGUGAUAUUUUUUCUCGUGUUUUAAUUCUCAGGUAGCCAUUAUCUUUACAUGUACACGCCUUGCGCAAGACUCUGUACACGGCUAUUUACCGCUAUUCCUCACAGAGGGAUUAUUAUUUCCCAAGGUAUAUUUCAGUCUGAAGUGCUCAGUUGUUUUCAAACUCAUUGAUAAUUAUAAUAAUAUAAUCAUAUUUUUUUCCGUGAAUCAGGCAGCUACCGCUUAUUUUCCACUCGUUCUCCUAACCAGUGGCUCUGUAGCGAGUUCAGCCUGUAACAAACUGAAAAGGAAAAUUGGAAGUACGGUAAGACCUAGAUUAACAACUUUUGCUAGAUGGUCAUUCCACGUUUGUGAUGGUGGAAAUGCAAUGAUUGCGCCAAUUGUCGGAUUAUUUACUUGAUGAUGAUGAUCGGCUGAGAGGGGCAAUAAAUCAACGAUCAUCUUAAUGGCUUUAUUUAACUUAACUCGACGCAUGAACCAUCUUUUCUCAAGUUACGAUAGUCAGGAGUUCGAUUCUUUAAGGAAUUCUCGGACUUUUUCUAUGUCUCUUGCUUGUUACAGAACCAAGAACAACUUUAUUUGUUAAAUUAGUCUUGAUAACUUUCAUACUUUCGUUGAUAUCCACAUCUAGUGGAGCUACCUUCUGGCAAGUUUAUUAGUGAUGGGUGGCGUUGUUUGGAGCUAUUUUCAAACCAUCUCCACCAGACAAUCAACGUAUGCACCAGUGUUUAUGAUAGGAAGUGGUCUGUCCAUUAUGUGCGUCAUGGCACUGGUCUUCAUCACUGAGCUGAUCGGGGAAAAUAAGGUUAGUGCUUUGAAACAAGCUUCAAAGGUUUCGAGGAGAGGCUAAGUCGCAAACUCUGAUCAGUUCAGUUACAGUGUAUUUUCAACCAGCUAUCGGACCAAUUGACUGAAAAAGUAGUCAUUUUUGAAAUUGAAAUGACAUAGAAUUUCUUUUAAAUGUCGCAUUACAAAAUACAUACUAAUCACAACUCUUAGUCAGAGCGGAGGAAAAUCUCACAAGCAGCUAAUGAGAAUUUAAAGUAAAUACAGUUAGACUGCCUGAAGUUUGGGAAAUUUCGAGUGACAUCUGAUCGGUUGAGAGAUUGUUGCGAGUUUUCAAGGCCAAUCACAAGGGGUAAUGAAAAAGAACCGUUCCAGUCGCGGACUGGUUUAACAAUCAAGACCUUCAGUUUGAUUGGGGAUCAUUUCAGUACCUUUUCCUCUCUUGACGUAAAUGUUUGGUUCAGCAGUGACAAUGUGAGGAGAAAUUAAAGACCUGUUGGUCUUAGGAGUAAAGACUUACGUAACGUAAAUAUGAGUUACGUGACGUAAAUAUUAGAACUAAUGUUGGUUUCCCAUCUGAGAUCAAUGAUUUAAUACGGUGCUUUCCUUUCAGGAAACCAGUGGAUCAGUGUUUUCCAUUAUCACUGUAAUCGCCAGAAUCUCAAGCGGUGUACUUAUCAUUGGUAUACAGGAGUUUUAUCCAGAAGAAAGGUUAGUCUAUCAAAUCUUUAUUGUAAUGUACCUUGGAAGGAACAAGAAACAUGGUAUUUAAAACGUUUAGAUGACCAGCCGCUUUCUUAAAUCUCGAAAAGUGUAUUCAACAGGUUUGUCUUUACCAGCUUGACCAGGCCAUCGUUGACCAUUUUAAAUUGUAAUGAAAGUUUUAAAAUCAUGAAUUAUUUAGUAAACUCCUCAAUUCCUUUAUUCAAUUUAGAACCAGCUCAAAUGAGGCAGUUAGCAACUACGUACGGCAUGUGUUUCUAAUGGCGCCUGGAUUAUUAACUCUGGUGGCAUUCUUGCUGGUUUUGUUUUUCCAACCAUCUAACUUUAUCUGUAAAAGUAAAGGUAAGUACAUUGUCAAGCUGUUAGACGUCUCUAACUUGGGUAACGCAUGGAGAAUAACUGCAAAUACUCUUAAUUACCCCCUGACGCAAUCGUGUCAAGCGUUCCUCUGUUUAAAUUAGUAAUCUUAUUAAAUGACACAAGCCUGUGUAAUGCAUUUACCUCGCAAUGGUUGUGCGUCUAUGUAGUACUGUCGUGCUCAGUUAAUAAGACGGUUUUAAACUUAGAGCUUCAAGUUUGCUGGUCAACAUUACAUGUGGUUGUCUUUGUUGUGAACGAAAACUUCCUCUGUCAAUUUAUUCUUCUAGUUUCAGAAGAUGUUGAGGCUCUACACGGUCAAUCGUCGUUUGAUGUUCAAGUUAACCAAUGUCCAUCGGGAGUCAAAGCAACGUCAAGCCACAGCUUGGAUGAUAGUCACAAUACCUCCAUCGUGGUGGUGGAUUCUUGUUCUGAGGACUCAAAACUUUGAAUUCUUUGAAAAUUGCAUUAUGAGUAGAGGUUCUAUCAAGUUAAAAUCAAAGAGAUUGUAAAGUUCAUUUCUGUCUGUUAUUGCUUAGAUUUUACAUGAAAAGUUUUGCGAUCGUAGAAUUCCGUAAAAUAAAAGGAGACAAGUCGUAAUAACUUCUCGCACCAAGAUGGACGAGAGUGUACUUUUCCUAAAUUUUAGAUAAAUAGUGAUCUUCUAUAUUUAAUAAUUAUAACAAUAUCAUUGCAUCUUAAUUGAAAAUGAUUCUAUCAAUUUUAAAAUUUUUUUCAGAUCUUCUUGUUUUCUACUGAUAGCUCAAAGUUUUCUUUGAACCUCGCGCUCGGAAAACUGUUCACAUCUCGGAACAAAUAAUGUGAACCGUUUAGAUCAAUCGCGGAGAGGCAAAAACUUUUCAUAGAUUAUAGCUACGUGUAUUAUGACAUUUUUGGUUUUUAAGAACUAGUAUGGUCAUGUUCGCAGUCUUAAUUUCGCCUGAAACUAAUUUUCAAGCAUGAGAAAAUGAGGCGAAGGAGAGGAGGGCAGAGAGGGCUGGGAGGGCUGGGAGGGCUGGGAGGGGAGGGAGGCCAGGGGGCAGGGAGGGUGAAAGGAAGGGAAGAGAGGGGGAGGUUCCUUGUUUAGGCUCUGAAGUAAGGUUGUUCAGAGUCAAUAUCUAGACCAGCAUAUUCCCUACUAAAAAUAUUGUAACAAGAAUAAGAUCAAAUAUAAACUGACGAAUGAAAAAUAAAGGUUAGCUGUAGAAAUACAAAGUCUAUUGCAGACUGAUAUGUAGAAAAAAUAUAUUACAGUUAGCACCCUCUGAUCAUACCCAGCUUGUUCCUUAUUUUAGGCUUAAGUGUUUUUAAAUUCAAUUUCUUGCAUUAGGGUAAAAAGUUUCUUUGGUCAGUAUCGUAAAAGAAACAUCAGACUUAGAACGAAGACAGGUUUUUAGUAUUGGUGUUGGUUAUUAUUCAGCUGGUGCUCACCACGAGGGUCAUGCUCAAUUAGCUACUUUACGCGUGAAAUUGCGUGACAACACGUUUUCAGUAAAUAAAGUCACUAUCCAACAAUCCUGACAUCGAGCAUUUUACCUAAAUUGUCUGCUUAUCGUGAUAUCACGAUCCAGCCCAUGUAACUUAUUCUACCUCCGCAUGUUUUGAUGAUAAACAGGAAAAUUAUAUUCAGGGAUGUUUAAAAGGACGACUGUUUAUGAAGAAGGCUGGAUGGCAGCUGGAGAGACCUUUCUUACGAUUAAGUUACAAUUAAGGGUAGUGAGUUCCUUAUAACACUGAAAAAAAAGACAAUCAUUGCGAUACUUCAUUUUGACGUCCUCGGUUUUCAACAUGAUAAGACAAUAUCUGAGUUUGAAAAAGUCUAAACGCUAUGGAUCUAAUUUUUUAUUCUGAGGGUUCAAACAUAUUUAUUUGGCAGAGUGGAUAUACGAGUAAUUGUGGUGUAACAAUCGCGCGAAGAGAAACUUAUUUGAUAACUUUUGACCAAAAUGCGGAGAAGGGAAAGGUUAUCUUGUGCUGCGGGAAACAUAUUGAACGAUAUUGCCGAAUGCUGUUGACAUCCUUCCAAUUCCUGUUUUUUGUAAAUGUAAAAGAGCUUCGAGCUUCGCAAGUGUCAAUAAUAACAUUUACUGGUCCAAUAUCGGAAGCAGUUUUCUCAGUGCUCAUUGGUUAUUUUGGUGAUCGAGUCGAUAUUCCUUUCAUUUCAAGGAAAUUCGGAAGUAAAUCUUGGCAUCUUAUCGCAACAUGCUUGAUGGCAAUCAACUUUCCUCUUUUGAUGAAUCGUUGCCUUCUUUGUGAAGGCAGAGAGCAGACCUGGCUUCCAGUUUUUUAUUACAGCUUCUUAGAAGCAUUGAGGGGCCUGUCGUUCAACAUGGUGGAGAUAAAUCAUCUGGCCUUUAUCACAGCUUUCGCUAAAAAUGUGGAGCAGGCAACAACUCUGAGCACCCUGCGGUUUGUUUCAAAGUUUAGGUGUAGGUGA